GCACUUCCUAAAGUUGCAGAAUUAAGAAACAUCUUUGAAGCAAAGAGGAAAGAAUUUUUAAAAAUGAAAAGAAAAGAAAGAAUCGCCAGGCGCUUAGAAGGAAUUGAAACGGACACCCAGCCCAUCCUCUUGCAGAGUUGCACAGGGUUAGUGACUCACCGGCUACUAGAAGAAGACACGCCCAGAUACAUGCGAGCCACAGACCCGACCAGCCCCCACACCGGCCGAUCAAAUGAAGAGGAAGAAACUUCUGAUUCUUCUUUAGAAAAGCAGACUCAACCUAAACACUGCACAGAAACCUCAGGUGUCCAUGGUGACUCAUCCUAUAGUUCAGGUAUGGACACCCAGGGUCUUGAGUCCAAAGCUGAAAGGAUUGCAAGGUACAAAGCAGAGAGGAGACGGCAACUGGCAGAAAAAUAUGGGCUAGCUCUGGAUUCUGAAGCAGACUCCGAAUCUUUGUCUCGAUAUACCAAGUCCAGGAGGGAGCCAGAUGCUGUUGAGAAAAGGGGAGGAAAAAGUGACAGGCCGGCUGAGUCAAGCAAAGAUUUCAGUUCUCUAUACUCCAGCACGGAGAUCCCAAGGCUCAAAACCUGCGUGGCUGAAUCCCAGGACUAUGCCCUCCAUGCCAGGGAUGGUGUUUCCAACACAGAGGUGCUGCUAAACAUGGAAAACCAAAGACGAGGUCAACAGCUGAAUGCCACUGGGCAGCAGGCCCUGGACCUGCCCCCCACAGUUGAGAGUUCCUCAUCCUUCCAGUUUUGCGGGCAAGACUGCUCCUUCAGUGAAGUGCCAAAGUCCCCAAAGCAAAUGCACAGCAUGCCCCUCUCUUCACCUGGGCAGCCAGCCUCCCCAAGCCACUCUGGUGACCCGCCACUCCCUGCUGAAGCUCGAUCAAGGUCUACUUCAAAUUCAGAAAUGCCAACUGCUGAGGAGGAAGAAAAGGUGGAUGAACGAGCCAAACUGAGUGUGGCUGCCAAGAGGCUGCUUUUCCGGGAAAUGGAAAGGUCAUUUGAUGAGAAACAUGUUCCAAAGCGAUGUUCGAGAAACGCGGCCGUGGAGCAAAGGCUGCGGCGCCUGCAGGACAGAUCUCACACCCAGCCCGUGACCCCCGAGGAGGUGGUCAUUGCAGCCACUGAACCUCUCCCUGCUUCCUGCUCUGUGGCCACCCACCCUGUAAUGACAAGACUUCCUAGUCCCACUGUAGCUAAGAGCACUGUGCAGCCUGCCAGAUUACAGGCAUCUGCUCACCAAAAGGCUCUAGCCAGAGACCAGGCAAAUGAGGGCAAAGAUUCUGCUGAACAAGGUGAACCUGAUUCCUCCACUUUAAGCUUGGCAGAGAAGUUGGCCUUGUUUAACAAAUUGUCCCAGCCAGUCUCAAAGGCUAUUUCUACCCGAAACAGAAUAGACACAAGACAGAGGAGAAUGAAUGCUCGCUAUCAAACUCAGCCGGUAACGCUUGGAGAGGUGGAACAGGUCCAAAGUGGAAAGCUCAUUCCUUUCUCGCCCACUGUUAAUACAUCUGUGUCCACCCUGGCAUCGACAGUCACUCCUAUGUACGCAGGAGACCUUCGGACAAAGCCGUCCAUGGAUGACAACACAAGUGUCACUGGCUAUAAGUUUCCUUCUUCAAUAGAAAAUGUAGAUUCUUCUAUCAGUAGCACUCUGAAGCCCCAGCCCUGUCAGCCUUCAGUAGAGGGCAGUGGGAGCAAAGGAAUGUUUAGAGAGUAUGGAGAGACGGAAAGCAAGAGAAUCGUGACAAGUAGAGAUGGUGGUGUUAAAAACAGAUCCUUGGAGGAAGCAGAGCUGUCCUACCCUAUCCUCACCCCAGUCCAGAAAGGAGACGGCCAUAAAGAGCCUAACUAUGAUGUUCCGAGAAAAGGAAGCCUAGAGCUACCAAAUGCCCCUGUCUCCCACCCUGGCGACGAGGAGCUUUCCGCUGCCAAAAGCACCGCUCAAGGGAGCCCAGACCUGAAGGGCAGGCAGCCCUUCGAAGAGAAGGUGGACGUGGAGAGCGUCACAAAGAGGAAGUUUUCGCUGAGAGAGUUCGGGGAACCCACUUCUGAGCAGAGCGGCACAGUUGCUGGGAACAGUGUUGUUCAAGCUGCAGCCCCAGCGUCCUGGAAGCAGCAAGAGCCUGCAGAGCUACUACAGGAGAAGCACUAUAAGAAUCCAUGUGCGAUGUUUGCUGCUGGAGAGAUCAGAACGCCAACAGUGGAGGGCAGCCUUGAUUCACCCAGCAAAACCAUGUCAAUUAAAGAAAGAUUAGCACUGCUGAAGAAGAGUGGGGAGGAAGAUUGGAAAAACAGACUUACGAGAAAGCAGGAGUACAGCAAAGCGACUGUUGCGAGUAGCCUGCACAUACAAGAAGUGGAACAGUCACUCAAGAAGAAGGUCACAGAAAGUCGAGAGAGCCAAAUGACUAUCGAAGAGAGGAAGCACCUCAUUACUGUGAGAGAGGAAGCCUGGAAGACAAAAGGCAAAGGGGCAGCUAACGACUCCACCCAGUUUACCGUGGCCGGGAGAAUGGUGAAGAAAGGUUUGGCAUCACCCACUGCCAUAACACCAGUAGCGUCCCCUAUUUGCAGUAAAACAAGGGGCACAACACCCAUUUCCAAACCCCUGGAAGAUAUUGAAGCCAGACCAGACAUGCAGUUAGAAUCGGACCUGAAGUUGGACAGGCUGGAAAGCUUUCUGAGAAGGCUGAAUAACAAAGUUGGUGGGAUGCAAGAAACUGUACUCACCGUCACGGGCAAAUCUGUUAAGGAGGUGAUGAAGUUGGAUGAUGACGAAACCUUUGCCAAAUUUUACCGCAGCAUGGAUGAUACCGUGCCAAGGAGCCCUGUAGAGCUGGAAGAAGACUUUGACGUUAUUUUCGACCCUUAUGCCCCCAAGUUGACGUCUGCCGUGGCCGAGCACAAGCGUGCAGUUAGACCCAAGCGCCGGGUUCAGGCUUCCAAAAACCCGCUGAAAAUGCUGGCAGCAAGAGAAGACCUCCUUCAGGAAUAUACUGAGCAGAGACUAAACGUUGCUUUUAUGGAGUCGAAACGGAUGAAAGUAGAAAAGAUGUCCUCCAACUCCAACUUCUCAGAAGUCACCCUGGCAGGUUUAGCCAGUAAAGAAAACUUCAGCAGCGUCAGUCUGCGAAGCGUCAACCUGACGGAACAGAAUUCUAACAACAGCGCAGUGCCCUACAAGAAGCUGAUGCUGUUGCAGAUCAAAGGAAGAAGACAUGUGCAGACAAGACUGGUGGAACCUCGGGCUUCGUCACUCAACAGCGGGGACUGCUUCCUCCUGCUCUCCCCCCACCACUGCUUCCUGUGGGCAGGAGAGUUCGCAAAUGUCAUAGAAAAGGCGAAGGCCUCAGAACUUGCAACUUUAAUUCAGACAAAGAGGGAACUCGGUUGUAGAGCUACUUAUAUCCAAACUAUUGAAGAAGGAAUUAAUACACACACUCAUGCAGCCAAAGAUUUCUGGAAGCUUCUGGGUGGCCAAACCAGUUACCAAUCUGCUGGAGACCCAAAGGAAGACGAACUGUAUGAAACAGCCAUAAUAGAAACAAACUGCACUUACCGUCUGGUGGAUGACAAGCUUGUUCCUGAUGACGACUUCUGGGGGAAAAUCCCAAAGUGCUCCCUUCUGCAAUCAAAAGAGGUACUGGUGUUUGAUUUUGGUAGUGAAGUUUACGUGUGGCACGGAAAAGAAGUUACAUUGGCACAACGGAAAAUAGCAUUUCAGCUGGCAAAGCACUUAUGGAAUGGAACCUUUGACUAUGAGAAUUGUGACAUUAACCCACUGGAUCCUGGAGAAUGCAAUCCGCUUAUUCCCAGAAAAGGACAGGGGCGGCCUGAUUGGGCAAUAUUUGGGAGACUUACAGAACACAAUGAGACUAUUUUGUUCAAAGAAAAAUUUCUCGAUUGGACCGAACUGAAGAGACCUAAUGAGAAGAACGCCAGUGAACUUGCCCAGCAGAAGGAAGAUCCUAGGGCUGAAGUCAAGCCAUACGAUGUGACCCGGAUGGUGCCAGUGCCCCAGACGACAGCUGGCACUGUGCUGGAUGGGGUGAACGUGGGCCGUGGCUAUGGCCUAGUGGAAGGGGAUGACCGCAGGCACUUUGAGAUUGCCAGUGUCUCAGUGGAUGUCUGGCAUAUCCUCGAAUUCGACUAUAGCAGGCUCCCCAAACAGAGCAUUGGGCAAUUCCACGAAGGGGACGCCUAUGUGGUCAAGUGGAAGUACAUGGUGAGCACUGCAGUGGGGAGCCGACAGAAGGCAGAGCACUCUGUAAGGGUGGCUGGCAGAGAGAAGUGCGUCUACUUCUUCUGGCAAGGCCGGCAGUCGACUGUGAGUGAGAAGGGCACGUCAGCUCUGAUGACCGUGGAGCUGGAUGAGGAGAGGGGUGCCCAGGUCCAGGUUCUCCAGGGAAAGGAGCCCCCCUGUUUCCUGCAGUGCUUCCAGGGGGGGAUGGUGGUGCACUCCGGAAGAAGGGAAGAGGAGGAAGAAAAUGCGCAAAGUGAGUGGAGGCUGUACUGUGUGCGAGGAGAAGUGCCCAUGGAAGGAAAUUUGCUGGAAGUGGCCUGUCACUGUAGUAGCUUGAGGUCCAGGACGUCCAUGGUUGUUCUCAACGUAACUAAAGCCCUCAUUUACCUGUGGCAUGGAUGCAAAGCCCAAGCCCACACGAAGGAGGUUGGAAGGACUGCAGCAAAUAAAAUCAAAGAACAAUGCCCCCUGGAAGCAGGACUGCAUAGUAGCAGCAAAGUGACAAUACACGAGUGUGAGGAAGGCUCCGAGCCUCUGGGAUUCUGGGACGCGUUAGGAAGGAGAGAUAGGAAAGCCUACGACUGCAUGCUUCAAGAUCCUGGAAAUUUUAACUUCACACCCCGCCUGUUCAUCCUCAGCAGUUCCUCUGGGGAUUUCUUGGCCACAGAAUUCAUGUAUCCUGCCCGAGCCCCCUCUGUGGUCAAUUCCAUGCCCUUCCUGCAGGAAGAUCUGUAUAGUGCACCGCAGCCAGCGCUUUUUCUUGUGGACAAUCACCAUGAGGUGUACCUCUGGCAAGGCUGGUGGCCCAUUGAGAACAAGAUCACCGGUUCCGCCCGCAUUCGCUGGGCCUCCGAUCGAAAGAGCGCCAUGGAGACCGUGCUCCAGUACUGCAGAGGGAAAAAUCUCAAGAAGCCGCCACCCAAGUCCUACCUGAUCCACGCGGGUCUGGAGCCCCUGACGUUCACUAAUAUGUUUCCCAGUUGGGAGCACAGAGAGGACAUUGCGGAGAUCACAGAAAUGGAUACGGAAGUUUCCAACCAGAUCACCCUUGUGGAAGAUGUGUUAGCCAAGCUCUGUAAAACCAUUUAUCCACUGGCUGAUCUCCUGGCCAGGCCACUGCCUGAGGGGGUUGACCCUCUAAAGCUGGAGAUUUAUCUCACUGAUGAGGACUUUGAGUUUGCACUAGACAUGACAAGAGAGGAAUUCAGUGCACUGCCCGCCUGGAAGCAGGUGAACCUGAAGAAAGCCAAAGGUCUGUUCUGAGUGGAGGGAUGCUGGUGGAACCUGUUGUCACUUUCAAUACCAUUGGACCAGGAAGAUGGAUAUUUUUUGGACCUGUGUUUUAAAAAAUAUUUUUUAAUCAGAGAUUUCAAAACCUGAAGUUAUUAGCUCUACC